CUUGUGCUUGCUUUUGCUGCGUUGUACUACACCUAUGACCAGUCGCUAUAUGCAACAUUAUUUCGGGACCAAUAUCUCUAUAGACAUGAUACGACCGUGGAUUACGCGGUCCCAACAUCGCUUAUUGUUCCUUGCUUCAAAGGCUCGCGUGGCAAUCUGGCCGUUCGACAUAAUACUGAUAGCGCCGAUUGCCUCCAUGAAGCCAAACGGGAAUCUACCCCGUGAACGACCCGAAAUGAUCAUAUGUCCCUCUUGAUGGAA